AUGAAUAAUAUAAAAAACAACAGAUCAGCAGCAAGAAAUACUCCUCAAAUUAUAGAUGAAGAUGAUUAUUUCGAUCCAAAUGAUUUUAAGAAUCAAUAAAAGACAGGUAGUAUGAGUUCUAAGAAUUUCUGCGAUACCUCUUAAAAGCUCUCUACAACCAAAGAAUAGGAGAAAAUAUAGAAAUUUUAGAGAAGAGAGGUUGGAGACUCUGACCCUGAAUCAUAAGAUGAAAGCGAGGAUGAAUAUGAUAUUGAAGAGGAUUUUGAUGGUGAUGAAACUGAAUCCAAAGACGAAGGGAUCCUCAAGGCAUUCUAUAAGUAAAAAAUGAAUAUGAAUGCCACAGAUAAGUAACACUUAUUGAUUUAGGAGAAUAAAAAAAUUAACCUUAACUAUGUUGAUCACAAAUUAGAAAUGAAGCUUAACACAAAAGUUAAUAAUGCUCUCAAAACUCAACAAGCAAAAAUUGAUGAUGAUAGAAUAAGAGUUAAAGAUAAAAAUGAUCGAGCUACUGUUGAUCAAGUAUUAGAUCCAAGAACUCUUAUAGUUUUGCACAAAAUGGUCAAGAAUUAAAAACUCGAUCAGAUAUAUGGUUGCCUGAGCACUGGUAAAGAAGCAAAUGUCUAUUUAGCAGAGGGACAUAUGGAUUUGGAUACUAUGGAACUUAAAAAUCCAGCAGAAUAUAAGAGAGAGUUUGCUAUUAAGAUUUUUAAGACUUCUAUCUUAGUAUUCAAAGAUAGAGAACGAUAUGUAGAAGGAGAAUUUAGAUUUAGGAAAGGCCAUUGCAAAUCUAAUCCUCGUAAAAUGGUAUAGCUUUGGGCUGAAAAAGAAGUUCGUAAUCUAAAGAGGUUGAACUAAACUAAUGGAUUGAUUAAGGCUCCUAGACCAUUCUUACUAAAAAAUAAUGUAAUAGUAAUGGAAUUUAUUGGAGAAACUGGAUUAGGAGCGCCUAGACUUAAAGAUGCCGAUAUUAUUGAUAUUUAAUAGACAUACACUGAUGUGCUUUUCAUCAUGAGAAGAAUGUAUCAAAUGUGCAGACUUGUCCAUGCUGAUUUCAGUGAGUAUAAUAUGCUUUACUAUAAUGGUGAAGUAUAUGUUAUUGAUGUAAGUUAAUCAGUAGAACAUGACCAUCCAAUGGCAUUAGAUUUUUUGAGAAGAGAUUGUGCAAAUGUAAACGAUUUCUUUAAAAAAAGAGGGCUCUAAGUCUUAAAUACUUAACAAACAUUCGAUUUUGUAACUGAUUUUCAAAUUUAAGAUGAGAGUUAGGCAUUAGCAGACUUAUUCUCAAAAGUUAAAGACAUUAUAUCUGCUGAAGAUGAAGUAACUGACCGAGUUUUUUCUCAGAGUUAUAUUCCUCGCACACUUCAAGAACUAGCUCCAGAUGAAAUUGAAAAGCAAAAACAUAAUGAUCAAAAGUUGUAUGCUAAGCUUACUGGACUACAAAUUAAACAAGAAGAGUAAUUAGAGGGUGUAAUUAAAGAAAAACCUAAAGAUGAAUAAGAAAGUAGUAGUGAUGAUGAUGAAGAAGAAGAAAACGAUGAAAGUAAAAGCGAGGAUGAAGACGAAGUUGAAGAAAAGAAAAAUUCAACUGUGUGUCUUAAAGGUAUGACUAAAGAAUAGAUGAAAGAGCAUAAAAAGAAAGUGAAAGAAGAAAAAAGAGAAAAAAGAAAGACUAAAAUACCUAAGUAUGUCAAGAAAAAGGGGGAACAAAAGAAUAAGCAUAAGUGA